UUAUCGGUUGAGUAGUUGAGAGAGAAGUUUGAAGCAUGGCGCAUGCCGGAGUUCCCUCCACCGCCUUUUCCUCCGUUUGUGUUACAAAUUCGCACCAAUCUAUUUCCCGGAGAAGCUAUUUCCUCAAACACACCCCUUCACGCCCUAAUUUCCCAUCUCUCUCCGCUACUCAUGCCGGCGCCACCAUCAACGGCGAUACUUCUAAGGGAGAGGAAAAAUGGGAUGCUUCUCAGUACCAAGCCUUGCUUAAAGGAGGAGAGCAGGUCACCUCUGUUCUCGAAGAGAUGAUUAAGCUCUUGGAGGAUAUGAACAUGGAUGAAGCAUCUGAGGAGGUGGCGGUCCAAUUGGCUGCACAGGGAGUCAUUGGCAAAAGAGUUGAUCAGAUGGAGUCGGGGUUUAUGAUGGCUCUCGAUUACAUGAUACAGCUUGCUGCACGCGAUGAAGAUGAUAAGAGGAAGUCUCUCUUGGAGGUUAUCAAGGAGACUGUAUUAUCUCAUCUGACGAAAAAAUGUCCUCCUCAUGUUCAAGUUGUUGGCCUGCUCUGCAGAACACCCCAAAAGGAGAGCAGACAGGAAUUAUUGAGGCGUGUGGCUGCAGGUGGCGGCGUAUUUCAAGGUGACAAUGGCACAAAAGUUCAUCUUCCAGGGGCCAAUUUGAAUGAUAUAGCUAACCAGGCUGAUGAUCUUCUAGAGACAAUGGAAUCCCGUCCUGUCAUUCCUGAUAGAAAGCUACUUGCAAGGCUUGUUUUGAUCAGAGAAGAAGCCAGGAGCAUGAUGGGCGGUGGAAUACUAGAUGAAAGAAAUGAUCGUGGUCUCAACACGCUACCUGAACCAGAGGUCAAUUUUUUGGCUAAACUUGUUGCUCUAAGACCAGGAAAAACUGUACGCGACAUGAUAAAAAGUGUAAUGCAAGGAAGGGAUGAAGGUGCAGAUAAUUCUGAGAACCAAUAUGGUUUCGUAAAUGAAAGGCCUUCUGGAAUAGCAGAAAGGGCUAGCAUUACUGGUCGUAAACCUUUACCUGUGCGACCUGGCAUGUUCCUUGAAACUGUUUCCAAGGUAUUGGGUGGUAUAUAUGCAGGAAAUACUUCUGGAAUAACAGCACAACAUCUAGAAUGGGUUCAUCAGAAUACACUGCAAAUUCUUCAAGAAAUCGCAUUCUAGUUCCCUCCACAGUAAUCGCAUCAGGUACAGAACUAUGUUAAAACAGGUCGAAAGCCAGUAUCGCUGAUGACGCCUUGCUUCUCUGAUGUGAUUUAUAUAUCUCUCUCUGGUUUAAAACUAUUUUAGCAUGGGAAAAAGGAGUUAAAGGGUGGUCAUGAAGUGCUGGAAUAUUAAGCAUAAUCUUGCAAUGAUAAAGCAAAUCAGAGGCGAAAUGCUUGUUGAGUUGUAUUGAAUCAGUAGCAAUGAUGACUGAAAUUCGAAAUUGUGGCAAGCACCAUGUGUGCUAUUGGGCCUACAUACGUUGGGGUAGUGAAGAAUCACGGUAACCAUGGACCACCUGAAACAUGGUUUAUGGGAACACUUUGCUAGAAGAGCUCGUCCAUUUACACGGGUCGUACUGUAUUUUUGCAAUGUUUUCAUGUCUCAUCUCUGUGUUCGUAUAUUCGUUAUUGUAUGCUGUGGGCGGGGGAGUCACCUUCUUCUGCUCUUGGUCUUGGAAGAAAAGGUGAAGCACAUGAUGUUGGAGAGAAAGCAAAGCACGUGUGUGUAUCAUUGAGCUAUUAAAUAAAUAGUGAAAAUCUUGUUUCAUAA